AUGCCGUACGCAAAUCAGCCAAACAUCGAAGUCACAGAACUCACAAACGAUUUAAUCAAAUUUGUGCUAUGGGACACAGAUUUGAGUGUUGCUAAUUCAUUGAGACGCGUCUUUAUGGCAGAAGUUCCAACUAUCGCCAUCGAUUGGGUUCAAAUUGAAACAAACACAUCGGUUCUUCAUGAUGAGUUCAUUGCUCACCGAAUGGGACUAAUUCCAUUUCUGUCAGACUACCAUGUCGAGAAAAUGCAGUACACCAGAUGUGAAUGUGCCGAAUUCUGCGAUGAAUGUUCCAUUCCAUUCAUUCUGCAAACGAAGUGUACUGAUGAAGCUACUUUGGCAGUUACCACAGCAGAUUUGCGCCCUCUGGGCGUUGAAACGACUGUUCGUCCAGCCUGCGGAGAAGCCCUUCGCGAACGCGGAGCAGUUCGAGAUGAGUUUCACGCCCGAGAAGAAAUUCUGAUUGUGAAAUUGCGAAAAGGACAGGAACUAAAUCUGAAAGCAUACGCAAAAAAAGGAUUCGGAAAGGAGCAUGCGAAAUGGAACCCGACAUGUGGAGUUGCAUUCGAGUACGAUCCGGACAACGCUCUUCGGCACACAAUUUAUCCGAACGUCGAGGAAUGGCCAAAAAGUGAUCACUCUUCUUUGCCAGAAGACAGCGCCGAAAAAGAGGCUCCGUUCGAUCAAAAUGCAAAACCAAACAAAUUCUGGUUUUCGAUUGAAGGAACUGGUGCACUCCCAGUUCAACGAAUUGUGACAAUGGGAAUCGGAAUUCUCAAGAGAAAGUUGGAAGAGCUGAAUAUGGCUCUAUCCAAUGAGCUUCAGGCUCAUGCCCAACAGCAGUGA